UGAUCCGAGCAAAGGCCGUCUCUGCAAAAGAGGUGGAUUCGGGGAACGAUAUAUACGGGAACCCGAUCAAACGGAUCCAGUAUGAAAUCAAGCAGAUCAAGAUGUUCAAGGGCCCUGACAAGGACAUUGAGUUCAUCUACACGGCUCCGUCCACUGCUGUGUGCGGCCGGCUGCUGGACACCGGCGGGAAGAAGGAGUAUCUCAUUGCAGGCAAGUCAGAGGGCAAUGGCAAGAUGCACAUCACGCUCUGCGACUUGGUCUCCACUUGGGACUCGCUGAGUCCAACCCAGAAGAAGAGCCUAAACCAGCGGUACCAGAUGGGCUGCGAGUGCAAG